AUGACGACAAGACGUCGUCCAAGUAUGAGGACCCGAAUGAAGGUCGAGGAUGUAUCAAGCUGGGUUGAACACAACCAGCAACCACCGCUCCAUGUGCGCUUCGAGGCACCACCAGCUCAAGAUGAGGAUGAUAACAAAACUGGAUCAACGGACUCGCUUACUGAGAAGCCGGUGCCGUUAGACGGAGGAUACGGAUGGGUUGUGGUGCUCUGCAGUUUCAUCAUGCACGCUAUUUGCGACGGUGCUUCUUUUUGCUUCGGAAUCGUUUUUGUGAUGAUCCAGAAGUACUUCCAAGCAUCCCGUGUCGCUUCCAUCCUUGCUGCCUCGCUGUUCCUUUCUCUCCCACUCAUAAUGUCCCCAAUGGCCGGAACUACUAGUGAUGUUUUGGGUUGCCGUAUGUCCAUUAUCAUCGGUGGUACCAUCUGCACCGUCUCAUCGGUUAUCUCUAUCUUCUGCACAAACAUCUGGGCUUUCACUUUCUUUUUUGGAUUUGGAUGCGGGCUUGGAAUGAGCUUCAUUUACAAUGCUGCGAUUGUAAUUGUCACCUACUACUUCGAGGAAAAACGUGCAACAGCAACAUCAAUGGCAGUCGCGGGAACUGGCGGUGGAACAUUCGUUUUCCCAAUGUUCCUAUCAUUGGCAGUUUUUCUGUUCCAACGGUUUGCAACCGAACUUCAAGCUGCACUCAUCGCCUUUUCAAUCGCUUACUUCAUCAUUGUUCUUAUCGGAUUAAUGAUUAGAGACGUUGAAUGGGACUCCGACAGCCGAGAAUACAAAAUGAGAAAGUUUGAGAGGAACGCGAAAUUCUUGUCGGAACAGCAGGAGGACAAUGCGAACAAGAAGGAACCGGUGCUCCGUCGUUGUAACUCGCUGCCAAAUUUGAGAAAUUUCAAUUGCGAUAUUGGAUCCAUUCAGUCCAUAUGUGAAGUUGCAAAUGCUGCAGGAAAAGUGGAGAUGCCCGCGCGUUCGAAAUCGGUUGCCCUAUUUGACAAUCAACCACCAAUGCCGACUAUUCCGGAAUACUCCAUGCUCAACACCAGACUCGCCAAUCUUGAGCAUCUUGAUCUUGAGUACGCCAAUUCGCCCUGCAACACUGUGAGACCUCAACGAAAACGAGUUGUCAGUAAGACAUCGAUGAGUGUGGACCAUAUCAACGAAUUGGACGAUGAGGAUUUCAAAGUGAACCUGUUCCAAAGUUCAUCCAACAACUCUUCUGGAGAUGAUGGUGAAUCCAGCUCGGAUGACUCUGAAAUGAGUAACGAUGGAGACUCUUCUAGCUCUGAACUCUCCGAACGACAACUCGAUGAACCAUCCACCCGACUCCUCGACAACGCCGCUAGCACCGUCGCCACUCGUGCCGCCUCGUCCGCUCCAACCUCUGCACGUCUCAUCCGGAACUCACUUGCCCCAGGAAACACCAGUAUGUCGGGAGGUCGUGUGCUCGCUUCCAACGCGAUUCAGCCACGGCAUCCCACAAACCUCCUGACUAUGGGCAAAAUCCCAUCUGCUCCGAUGUUGGUGACCCGCAAGAAGAGAAAGUCAUUUUUCCGAGGACAAAAAUCGGUGGUCACCAGAAUUAAGGAUGUCGAGCUGCCGAUUUACAAGGAAAUUCUGGAGAACCGCGCGUACAGAUAUUUUCUUGUAUCGGUAUUCUUUUUAUACUUGAUCCUCGACGUCCCUUAUGUCUGUUUCUACGACUACGCUCUUGAACACUUUCAACUAUCUGAAAACAUGGCGUCGGCUCUCUACUCGGUGAUAGGAAUAACCAAUUUCUGCUCCACAAUGCUCAUCGGAAAAACCGCCGAUAUUGUAUCACAAAAGUAUGUUCAAUUCUUUUACCUUGGAUCCAUGGUUGGUGUCUCGGCUACCCUGAUCGCGGCUACUUUUGUGAUGGAUGGCACCCAACUCAUUAUCUGUGCUGGAUGUUUUGGACUCUUCGUGACAAGCAACUACGUUCUUCAGUCAGUGCUGAUUGUAGACGCCUUCAACAACGACAUGAAUCUGUUCCAAAAUGCGUAUUCGUUUGUCAGCACUCUCGAAGGAAUUGCAUCAUUGAUUGGACCACCGAUUUUUGCCCAAAUUCGUGAAUUAUCCGGAAGCUAUACUCUCGUUUUCUUCAUCGCUGGAAUUGUCUCACUUUUCUCAUCAGUCUCCUUCUUCUUCUUCAUCAGAGAAACACACAAUAGAGACAACAAAGACGAAGAUUUGGAGAGAGGAGAGACAAAUGAAUCUGGUGAACCACGUUGCGAGAAUGGAGUCGGUGCUCAAGCUGAAGUUGAAACUUUGCUGGACGUGUAA